AGACUGAGAUCCAGUUCAUUUUCUUCAGUGUAAUGAGUCAGCAAGGAUUAGACAGAAUUAAGGCAGUGAUAGUUACAGACUGCUGUGGGAUAUAGAGGCCAAGAAGGGUACUCCCAAGCCAAAACCUGCUGUGUAUAUAUAUAUUUUUUUAACCUGCUGUGUAUUUGCAGAGACCCAGGUGCCCUUGAGCUGAGUCUCUGGAAGGCCUGAGGUCUGAGAAGAGUAGUUUGGGCACCUAACAGGCUGCAGGACAAGUACGGGAAGAUUACGGGGAUGCCUGUGUUGUGGCCUCUAUUUCCUGUUCUCAUGGAUCUAAUCAAUUUCUUUAUUUUCCCUGCGCUGGAAGAAAAAAUGUGAGCACUGUGCAGGUUCCCUCAGAGAAGAAACCCUGGGCUUUGUUUGUUUUUUGACACAGGGUCUCACUGUGUAGUUCAGGUUCCCCUUCAACUUAUUUUGUAGCCCAGGCUGGCCUCAAACUCACAGCAAUCCUCCUGCCUCAGGCUCCCUGGUAUUACAGGGGUGCACAACCAUGCCUGGAGUGACCCUGGGUUUAAAACCUGCCAGCCUGCUGGGAGGCUGUGCCUUCAGGGUCAGUGGCACUCCCCACCCGGUUUGGGGAUGGGUGGAGUUCAAGAGUCCCAGUAGCCUGACAGCGAAGUGGAAGGCUCGGUCCAGGGUCUGGCAAUCGGACCCACACUUCCUCCUGUUCGAAUGCAGUCCAAGACUCUGCCUCCACGUUUCCUUGCGGUGCGGUCCUUUGAGGGCAGAUGUCGAAGGUGGGUCACUGGUAGCUGGGUGUGCGCCAGAAGCUCACUCACAAGUAUGGGAGCUGAACAAAAACCUGGUCUCAGGGAAACUUUCCUCAUGACGGGGCUCAGAAGCGGCUUUUCUAUUUCCCAAGGACCCCUGCAUUCCCUGCCCGAAGGUGUUUGGGGACUCAGGUGGGAGCACGGUUUGGGUCCGAAGUGUGAAUCUGGUGUCGCCUGCCCCAAACCCACGGGAGCGAGGAUACCUUCAGCGCCACAGAGGCAUAGCGACAAAAAAGUGCCUCUUCGCCAAGGUCACCUAAGCGGCUGGACCCAGGGGUCUGCCGGGAUCGUGCCAGGCUCCUCCCCUCGGGCGGUCCCGAACCUAGAUCGAAAAGGCGGAAAUGGGCACCCGGAGAGUUGCGCGAGGCCGGAGGCGUGUCUGAGUCCUUCCCCAAUAGGAAGUCGGUCUGCGCUGGGCGUGGCCCAAUGACCUCAGGAGGGCGGAACCCAGGCGAGGUCCUCCAAUCGAUAUGUCCACAGACCUCCACCUACUGCAUAGGUGGGGCGGCGCCCGAGCGCUCUCGCCCAAUGGGCGGUGGCUCAAGGGGGCGUGGCGCGGGGCGAAGGCCGGCUUGGCCAUUGACCGACGCCGCUGGCCUUGCGGUCCGAGCAGUCCUGUCGGCGGCCGCGUCCGCAGCAUGGCCGGCCUGGCGCGGCCAGGCUCGGGCACUCGCGCCGCGAUGCCCGCCUGGAAGCGUGAGAUCCUGGAGCGCAGGCGGGCAAAGCUGGCCGCCCUGGGCGCGGGCUCGGCCCCCUGCGCAACCCCCGAAGGCUCGGCGGAGCCGCUGGUGCUGGCUGAGAGCCUGGGCCCGCUACGUGAGAACCCGUUCAUGCGGCUUGAAUCGGAGCGGCGGCGCGGGCCGCGCCCGGCGCAGCCGCUGCUGGAGCUGUACUGCCGCGUGCCGGGCGUGCGCACCAUCCGCGCCGACAACAUCCUCAUCAUCGAGUCGGCACCCGGCUUCCCGCCCACCGCGCAGCCCGCCGCCGGCAUCCGCGCCGCCGAAGUGCUCGUGUUCGAGGCGCCGCCACCCGGCCGUGUCAGCCGCCUGCUGGAGAAGUUCGACCCGACUGCCGCGCCGCGCCGCCGCGGCAGCCCCGAGCGCGCCCGGCCCGCGCCGCCUCCACCGCCGACCCCUGGCCUGCGCGUGUCCGCCUCCCGGCCCGCUGCGCUCCCGGAUCCGUCCCCCGCACUCCCCGCGCCAGCUUCACCCCCUAGUCCGCCGCCCUUGCCUCCCGCUUCCCGCGCCAGCCAGCGCAACGCCUCCUGUGAUGUCCGGCGUCCCGGAGGCGGAACCGGCCUCGGGGCCCGGCGCAGUGACUUCCUGCAGAAGACCAGCAGCAACUCCUUCACCGUCCAUCCCCGGGGCGUGCCUCGCAGCGCCGGCGCGCGCCCAGUCCCCAACGGGACCGCCGCCCCCGAUCCCGGAGUCAGCCCUGCCAACAGGAUCGCGGCCUCCGCAGCCGUGCCGGGCGAAUGGAAGUCCCAAUGGAAGCCAAAGGUGGAGUCCGGGGAGCCCCCCCUCCGCCCGCCCCCCAGUCCCGGGGCCUCGAGUGCCACUCCAGCUGCGUCCCCUGUCUUCCCAGCCCACGUGCCCAGCCCUGCUAGUGCCACUCCAAACCAGCGCCAGUGGGUCUCCUCCGCCACCAGCGCCAACGACUCCUUUGAGAUAAAGCCCAUCCCCAAGCCAGACAUGGACACCAUCCCUUUGGGAAAUCCCCAGGCCCGUGCCCUGGCUUCGCUCCGUGCAAACUCACGAAACUCCUUCAUGUUCAUCCCCAAGUGGAAAGUCUCUGAAGCCCCUCCUCCCGAAGGGAGGCAGUCUGUGCAGCUGCCAAAGGGAGCAGCGGCCUCUCAAAGCCAGGAGCUUGGGGCCCAACCAACACCUGGAGAGGAUGAUGCAUCUGCUCUGGGGAGGAGCCCGUUGGGGGUAGAGGGGCAAUGGGGUGUAGAUGCCGGCUGUCCACAGCCAGCCACUGCCCUCACAGACCUGGCUGUUAAGUGGCAGAGGCCAUCCUCGCCACCCCCUUUCCUCCCAGUUACUGCUGAAGUUGAGCCUGCUGAGGGCUUGGGAGUUCCCAGCUUGGGCAAGAAUGUCCAGGAGCCUGGGAGGCCAGGACUGCCUGUCACCUUCAUUGAUGAAGUGGACUCGGAGGUGGAGGCCCCCCAAGAAGCCAAACUGCCCUGCUCAGGGCCUGGUUUGCCUCCCCAGUAUCACCCGCAGCCUGUCCAGCCCAGGCACAUCUCAGAGCUUCAGCACCGGGGCAGUAACACAUUCACGGUGGUGCCCAAGAGGAAGCCGGGGUCCCUCCAGGAGCUACACUUCAGUCACACCAAUGGGGAGCCCCAACCACAGGAUGGUGAGGAAGAACAGCCCAAUAGCCCCUUGGGGUCCCAGACUGCCUUGAAGAUCACGUUGAAGAAGCGCUACCCCACUGUGCAUGAGAUUGAGGUGAUUGGUGGCUACCUGGCCCUGCAGAAGUCCUGUCUCCUCAAAGCUGGUUCUUCGAGAAAGAAGAUGAAGAUCUCCUUCAAUGACAAGAGCCUGCAGACCACCUUUGAGUACCCCUCCGAGAGCUCCCUGGUGCAGGAGGAGGAGGUGGAUGCUGAGGACGAGGAGGAGGAAGGUGAGGAAGGAGAAGAAGAGGAAGAGGAGGAAGGUCCCAGCACUGAGAAGCCCUUUUCCCUCUUCCUGCCCCGGGCCACUUUCGUGAGCAGUGUAGCACCCGAGAGCUCCCGGCUUCUGGAUGGCAAGUCAGGCCUGUCCAGCUACACUCCCAAGCAUUCCAUGGCCUUCAGCAAGUGGCAGGAACAGACCCCAGUGCAGGCCCCAAGUGAGGUGGAGCUCCCGCCGAAGGAGGUCAUGCUCACACCUGCCAGUCAGAAUGACCUCUCAGACUUCCGAAGCGAACCAGCCCUUUAUUUCUGAUCCUCAGUUGUGCCCAGGAGCUGGGAAGUACCCAGAAGUUUUGCCUGUAUUCUGCACCCUCUUCUUUCCCAUGGCUGGGAUGCGCUGACCUGGGAAACAGUCCUAUUAGGGCCACGUCUCUCUCCAGGUUAAGGGCUCCAAGAAUGGUGACAGGUGGUGGUGGGGCCAGUGGCAAGGGCCAGGUCCCACUGGAUGGUGGCACAACCGUGACCAGGAGUUCCGGGAUGCCCUCUGUCCUACUGCCAAGCUGGCUCCCAGCCCCCCCCCCUGCUGUGCCCAGCACUGUCAGGCACGUCCAGGAUGAGGAACUACUGUUAUUUGCAGGACUCCAGGCCCUCACCCUCAGCUCACAUUCCCUACUUUUCUCACUGAUGGCAGCUUUUUCUUGCCUCUGAUGUCAGACUCAAUAAACAGCACUAGACAAGGCC